UCUCCUACGUCUGUUUACAGUUUAUGCACCACACCCCAAAAGAAGAAGACCCCAAAACCCUUGAAAUCCCCAUAACAAAGCUCCAAUCGCCCAUAAAAAAUAAAUAAAUUAAUGGACAUGGACAUCGAUCCUUCAAGCCAAAUCAAAGACAAAGACCUUUUCAAGGCAGCAGAGACAGGCGAUUCCUCGACAUUCAAAUCCCUUCCACCAGAACUCCUCUCCAAAGCCCUCUCUCUCCAAAACGACGACGGCCGCUCUGUCCUCCAUGUCGCCGCCUCUUCUGGACACCCUGAGGUGGUGAAAAUACUAUCAGAUAUUGAUCAAUCAAGUAGCGCUGUGGUAAAUGGUAAAGAUGAGGAAGGUUGGGCCCCACUUCAUUCUGCUGCUAGCAUCGGAAAUGUUGAGAUUGUAGAAAUUCUGUUAAGCAAAGGAGCUGAUGUUAAUUUGAAAAAUGAUGGCGGGCGCGCUGCUCUUCACUAUGCUGCUAGCAAGGGAUGGUUGAAGAUUGCUCAACUUUUGAUCUCGCAUGGUGCAAAGAUCAAUAUCAAAGACAAGGUUGGUUGUACUCCGUUGCAUCGAGCAGCAAGUACAGGGAACUCAGAGUUGUGUGAACUCUUAAUCGAGGAAGGAGCAGAGGUUGAUGCUGUUGAUAAAGCUGGUCAAACUCCUCUCAUGAGUGCAGUUAUUUGCAAUAACAAAGAGGUGGCUCUCCUUCUAAUUCGACAUGGAGCAGAUGUGGAUGUGGAAGACAAGGAAGGAUACACUGUGCUGGGUCGAGCUUCGGAAGACUUUAGGCCAAUUCUGAUUGAUGCUGCUAAGGCUAUGCUUGAAGGUUGAGUUUGGAUACUCUAGGAUGGAAGUUUGUUGAUUUUUCUAAGUGGCUGGGUUAUGCAUCUUGAAGAAAAGUGUUUUGCGGAUGACUCCACUUGCAGCUAAAUAGAAACACAGAAAAGUAAUUGAUAGUCUUACAGCAGCUUAAAUUACCAAGCGCCAUCAUUCAGACCUUUUUCGUUCUGUAGUUUUUCUGUCUAUGUUUUCAACAGGUGAGAGUUGCUCUGUGGUAAUCGCAUUUUGUCACCCAGCUUGGCUAGUUUGCCUUUUUGGCUUGCUACAAGUUUUUUACUGCU